GGCCAUCCCAAGUACCAAGAAUCCAAAAGAAUUGCAAUCUUUCUGAGCAUGCCAGAUGAAAUCCAGACAGAAGAAAUCAUUAAGGACAUUUUUAAGCAAGGCAAAGAGUGUUUCAUCCCACGUUACAAGCCUGACAGCAAUCACAUGGACAUGCUGAAGUUAUCAUCCGCCGAAGACAUUUCUUCACUCGCUUUGACAUCCUGGAAUAUUCUUCAGCCGAGUGAUGAUGACAGUGCACGAGAGGAGGCUCUUGCUGGUG